CAGGACUCCCAGUGUUCUUCCCACUGCCCUCGUGCUACCAACGCCCCAUAGGGCCUGGCCCUUGGCUUCCUCUCUCCGUGUAGCUUCCCGGCACAGGAGGCGACCCCAGUCUCCCCACAGCUCUCCCUGCAAGACCUCAGUGGUCAGAGGAGAUCCUUCGAUCUCUGUAUUUAAGGGCCUGGAGAAAAUGGCAGGAUUGGGCCCAUGGUAGAGGGGAGCUGCCCCAAAUUCUAGCCCUUGUCUCAGUGCCCAGCCCCCUGCCCUGGCAGGAAUUAGAGGGGCCCCGGCCAGGCCGUACGGGAUCCGGCUAAUGUGUGGAUUAUGGAAAGGGACCCAAACAAGGCUCCUUUGUGGAAGCCCUGCCUUAGGGAGUCAAGUGACCGCUUAAUUCACGCAUGGGCAGAGCCAGCCCCGAGGUGUGGGCUGGGGCACUGGCCAUAAGACCCCCAGGAGUCCCACCGGUACAGUGGCCAGAACUGUUGUGAGAUAGUCUGAGAAGACUGGACCCCCUCCCGAUCCAAACCCACUUGCUGCAGCCCAGUGCCCGGCCAUGACCGUCACCUACUCAAGCCAAGUGGCUAAUGCCCGCUUAGGCUCCUUCUCCCGCCUGCUUCUGUGCUGGCGAGGCAGCAUCUACAAGCUGCUCUAUGGCGAGUUCCUCAUCUUCCUGCUCAGCUACUACGCCAUUCGUUUCAUUUACAGGAUGGCCCUCACGGAGGAACAGCAGGUGAUGUUUGAGAAACUGACCCUGUAUUGCGACAGCUACAUCCAGCUCAUCCCCAUUUCCUUCGUGCUGGGCUUCUACGUGACGCUGGUCGUGACCCGCUGGUGGAACCAGUACGAGAACCUGCCGUGGCCCGACCGCCUUAUGAACCUGGUGUCGGGCUUGGUGGAAGGCAAGGACGAGCAAGGGCGGCUGCUGCGGCGCACGCUCAUCCGCUACGCCAACCUGGGCAACGUGCUCAUCCUGCGCAGCGUCAGCGCCGCGGUCUACAAGCGCUUUCCCAGCUCCCAGCACCUGGUGAAAGCAGGCUUUAUGACCCCCGCGGAACGCAAGCACUUGGAAAAGCUGAGCUUGCCGCACAACACGUUCUGGGUGCCCUGGGUGUGGUUUGCCAACCUGUCGAUGAAGGCGUGGAUUGCAGGUCGAAUCCGGGAUCCUAUCCUGCUCCAGAGCCUGCUGGACGAAAUGAACAUCUUGCGUACUCAGUGUGGACACCUGUUCGCCUACGACUGGAUCAGUAUCCCACUGGUGUACACGCAGGUGGUGACCGUGGCUGUGUACAGCUUCUUCCUGGCUUGCCUGAUUGGGCGGCAGUUCCUGAACCCAGCCAAGGCCUACCCUGGCCAUGAGCUGGACCUCGUUGUACCUGUCUUCACGUUCCUGCAGUUCUUCUUUUAUGCCGGCUGGCUGAAGGUGGCAGAGCAGCUCAUCAACCCAUUUGGAGAGGAUGAUGAUGACUUUGAGACCAACUGGAUUGUCGACAGGAGCUUGCAGGUGUCCCUGUUGGCUGUGGAUGAGAUGCACCAGGACCUGCCCCUGAUGGAGCGGGAUAUGUACUGGAAUGAGCCGGAACCACAACCCCCCUACACAGCUGCUUCUGCCCAGUCUCGUCGAGCCUCUUUUUUAGGCUCCACCUUCAACAUCAGUCUGCAUAAGGAGGACGUGGAGUUUUGGUCAAACCCACAGGAAGAGGAGGAGGAGGGCACACACACUGGUAUCAUUGGCCGCUUCCUAGGGCUACAGUCCCACGACUACCAUCCCCCCAGGACAAACUCAAAGACCAAACUACUGUGGCCCAAAAAAGAAGCCCUUCUCCAUGAGGGCCAGCUCAAGAAACUCGGGGGUACCAGGCAGAACUCUAGAGACCAGGAAAACAGCAAGGCCUGGAGGAUUAAGGAGGAGGAUGCUUUCGAGACUGCAGCACUGUACGGGAGGUCAGGCUACCACAGUGCCCCACAGACACCCCUCAGCCACACACCUAUGGUCUUCCCACCUGGACAGUCAGCACCCUCAAGCCUUCGCAGAGUCUCAGGUACAGACGGCGCUGUCAAAGACCAAAGCCUACAAUCCCUGACUCUUGGGACAAAGACCAGUUUCGAACUGCUUCCAGAUAGUGCUGGGUCCUCAGCAGAGCCCCCAGAAUCAGGUCACAUGAAGAGGAAAACUGUCGAGUUUAACCUGACAGACAUGUCGGAGACCCCUGAACAUCAUUUCAAAGAAUCACAUUUGGACCAAUCAACUAACCUACACACUAUACUGAAAGGUCAUGAAGAUCCCUAUUGGGCCUUGGAAAACAGGGAUGAAGCACACUCUUAGCCGGCUUCCCAAGGGGGGAUGCUUCACUGGCCUGGUCCUACCUGCACGUACACCAGCGGGACACUGAUCCAGUCACAGCCAUACAGCCGUCCACACUGAAGAAUGUGUUCAUAGGACAGCCUGAAUUAAACGGUUAGCUUAAUGGGUAACAAAAUCCAGUUUCAGGACUUAUGCUUUUAAAUGCCUUUUGUACAUAAAAAUCAUGAAAACCUGGAAUGAACCACUGAACCACUGUACACAUAAUCAGGAGUCCUUAAGUCCUGUCUGAAUUUAACACACUCAGCCUUGGUAUCUUUUCCAAACUAAGAACUUUCCUCCCAAGCAUUUCAUGUUGGUCACUGUGAUUCAACUUCCAGCACUUGAACAGAUUUCUUUGCAAGGACGAUCUAGAUACAUUUCCAGCCCAAGAAAGAACUCAAAGGACAAUAACUGGGUACCAAAUUACUUUAUUUGAAGGAAUGGUACAAAUGAAAGAAGUUAAGUAGAUGUUUUGGUACAACUUAUAGAAAAGGGAAAGGUAACCCCAACAUGCAUGCAUGGCCUCAGGGACCAGGUGGCUCUGGGAAGACAGCCUAAGGCUUAGCUCUCAUUAUCACUGUUUCCCAAGGUGUGCUU